AAUGGAGGCAUUCCUGGAUCAGCACCUUUUCUAAAACCUGCAAAAGAAAAAGAUAGCACAUCGAAAUUGUGAUGUGGUGUCAUAUGUAUGUACCUACGUACUGCUACACCCUGGCAAUAAUUUUGAGGAAAUCUUUCACGAGUUAAAAGUCGACAGGCGAAUACAGGUAUACGUCGAAAUCCUAAUUUUUGUCCGAAAUCUGUAUCGGAAGAGCUACCAGUCAUCGCUCGGUUGUUCCGAUACGUGUGUAUAAAUUGCUUCUACGACUCAUUAGUGUAAUGGGUGAAAACAAGCCAGAGGAAGCUGAGUGCAAGGGGGGAGAAAUUUCGAAAAAUGCACUCAAGAAGCGACAAAAAGAUGCAAAGAAAGCUGCGGUCAAGGCUGAACGACAAUCUCAGCUGCAAUUUGUUCAGCAAGCUUAUGACGAUGAGGACAUAUCGGCUGGAAAAUAUGGUCAGUUUGGAAUUAUUCGGAGUGAAGAAAAACAUGAAGACAGAGUAUUUAUUCAUAUUAAAGAACUGAAUCUAAAUCUUGUUGAUCAGACUAUCUGGUUGAGAGGUCGUCUUCAUACCAGUAGAGCCAAGGGAAAGCAGUGUUUUUUAAUACUGCGGGAGCAAUCUUAUACCGUUCAAGGGCUUGUUGCUGUAAAUGAUGAAAUCAGUAAACAAAUGGUCAAGUUUGCUUCAAACAUUACAAAAGAAUCAAUUGUUGACGUCGAAGCCAUUGUUAAAAAGGUAACCAAGAUUGAGUCUUGCACACAAAAAGAUGUGGAAUUGCAUAUCAAGCAAAUAUUCACUGUGAGUCCAGCAAAGGCUCAGCUACCUCUGCAAAUCGAAGAUGCAUCGAGAUCUGUCAAGGUGGAGGAGUCCGAAGGACCGAACAUAAAAGUGAACCAAGAUACUCGUCUCGACAACCGAAUUCUGGAUCUGCGUACUCCAGCAAACCAAGCUAUAUUUAGGGUAGAAGCUGGUGUCUGUAAACUUUUCAGAGAUAUUCUGACUCAAAAGGGGUUUGUUGAAAUUCACACUCCUAAAAUUAUAUCUGCAGCCAGCGAAGGAGGAGCCAAUGUUUUUACUGUAUCGUAUUUCAAAGGCUCUGCUUAUUUGGCACAGUCUCCUCAACUUUAUAAGCAAAUGGCUAUUGCAGCAGACUUUGACAAAGUAUUUACCGUUGGAGCUGUAUUCAGGGCAGAGGAUUCCAACACCCACAGGCAUUUGACUGAGUUUGUUGGACUUGAUUUGGAAAUGGCAUUUAAGUAUCAUUAUCACGAAGUCCUUAAUACCAUUGGAGAAACUUUCACCGAAUUGUUCAAGGGACUGCGUGAUCAAUACGCUGCUGAAAUUGCUACUGUUAAUGAGCAGUUCCCUGUCGAGCCAUUCACGUUUUUAGAUCCUCCGUUAAGAUUAGAAUUUCCUCAAGCGAUCAGUUUGUUAGCUGAAGCUGGUGUCAAAAUAGGCCCAGAAGACGACUUAUCCACUCCCGACGAAAAAUUAUUGGGCAAGAUCGUUAAGGCUAAAUACGAUACGGACUUUUAUAUACUGGAUAAAUAUCCCCUAGCUGUUCGCCCUUUCUAUACUAUGCCGGAUCCUAAUAAUCCACGUGCAUCAAAUUCUUACGACAUGUUCAUGCGCGGGGAAGAGAUCAUUUCUGGUGCUCAACGAAUUCAUGACCCUGAUUUUCUGACUGAGAGAGCAAAAAUACACAACAUAGAUAUUGAAAAAAUAAAAGCGUACAUCGAUGCGUUCAGAUUCGGCUGUCCACCUCACGCAGGUGGUGGUAUUGGGAUGGAACGGGUCGUGAUGCUGUAUCUUGGCCUCGACAAUAUUCGAAAGACAUCAAUGUUCCCACGCGAUCCUAAACGCUUGUCACCUUGAGUCAUAUCACAAAAAUAACCUCUAUCGUUCCCUAAAGAGUCGACAGGGCAGAAUAUUUGGAAAUGUAACAAAGUACGAGUGAUUUUAAUAUAUGCAACUCGUUCACUAUA